UCGUUUCAUCAUCACACAGUGAACAACAUCUGGGCAGCCUGCAGUUGCGCAGCAUCACCCCCGAAACAACAAUCAUGAUGGCAUCUGACAGGGUGAGAAAGCGGCAUAAGGGCAGUGCCAAUGGUGCCCAGACAGUGGAGAAGGAGCCAUCAAAGGAGCCGGCGCAGUGGGGAAGAGCAUGGGAGGUGGAUUGGUUCUCUCUUUCGGGUGUGAUCCUGCUGCUCUGCUUUGCCCCCUUCCUCGUCUUUUUCUUCAUCAUGGCAUGUGAUCAGUACCAGUGCUCCAUAAGUCACCCUCUACUGGAUCUCUACAACGGUGACGCCACCCUGUUCACCAUCUGGAACCGGGCUCCUUCCUUCACAUGGGCUGCUGCCAAAAUCUACGCCAUCUGGGUCACAUUUCAGGUGGUGCUGUACAUGUGUGUUCCAGAUUUUCUGCAUAAGAUCCUUCCAGGCUACGUAGGAGGAGUUCAGGAUGGUGCCCGUACACCUGCAGGUCUGAUUAAUAAAUAUGAGGUCAACGGUCUUCAGUGCUGGCUCAUCACUCAUGUUUUAUGGGUGCUUAACGCUCAGCACUUCCACUGGUUUUCGCCAACCAUCAUCAUUGACAACUGGAUCCCUCUGUUAUGGUGCACCAACAUCCUCGGCUAUGCUGUGUCCACAUUUGCCUUCAUUAAAGCGUAUCUGUUCCCCACCAACCCAGAGGACUGUAAAUUCACAGGCAACAUGUUCUACAACUACAUGAUGGGAAUUGAGUUCAAUCCUCGUAUAGGAAAAUGGUUUGACUUCAAGCUUUUUUUUAAUGGCCGGCCGGGUAUCGUGGCAUGGACCCUCAUAAACUUAUCCUAUGCAGCUAAGCAGCAGGAGCUGUAUGGUUACGUGACAAACUCUAUGAUCCUGGUCAACGUUUUGCAGGCCGUCUAUGUAGUGGACUUUUUCUGGAAUGAAGCCUGGUACCUGAAGACUAUUGACAUCUGCCAUGAUCAUUUUGGCUGGUAUCUGGGCUGGGGAGACUGUGUGUGGCUGCCUUUCCUCUACACACUUCAGGGACUUUACCUGGUCUACAACCCCAUCCAGCUCUCUACGCCCCACGCAGCAGGGGUCCUCAUCCUGGGUCUGGUGGGCUACUACAUCUUCCGCGUGACCAACCACCAGAAAGACCUUUUCCGUCGCACUGAGGGCAACUGCAGCAUCUGGGGUAAGAAGCCCACCUUCAUCGAGUGCUCCUACCGAUCGGCCGACGGCGCCAUUCACAAGAGCAAACUCAUGACCUCUGGGUUUUGGGGGGUGGCGCGUCACAUGAACUACACGGGCGACUUGAUGGGCUCGCUGGCGUACUGUUUGGCCUGUGGAGGCAACCACCUACUGCCGUAUUUCUACAUCGUCUACAUGACCAUCCUGCUGGUGCACCGCUGCAUUCGGGACGAGCACCGCUGUAGCAACAAAUACGGCAAGGACUGGGAGCGCUACACUGCGGCAGUUUCCUACCGCUUACUGCCUAACAUCUUUUAGAUUUCCAUCAAUUCCCAGAAUGCAUUUCUGUACAGGACACAAAGGUGAAGGCCCUUGGCACGCCCCUUACUUCUGAUUUUUUCCUUGGCCUUUUUAUAUAUUUCAAUUAUAGUUUCUAGACACGCCCCUUGCUGCUGAUUGGCUGCCCCCUUGGCCUGUUUAUGAUAUUUCAACUAUAGUUUCUAGACACGCCCCUUACUGCUGAUUAGCUGCGCCCUUGGCCUGUUUGUGAUAUUUCAACUAUAGAUUCUAGACAUGCCCCUUACUGCUGAUUGGCUGCUAGUGUGUGUACAGCAGGACAAGCACCGCUGUAGCAACAAAUACAGCAAGGACUGGGAGUGAUAGACUACAACUGUUUUUACGGCUUAUCUCCACCAAUUCCCAGAAUGCAUUUCUGCACAGGACACCAACAGAAAACGAC